GAUCUUUGGCAGACUUCUCAGCUCUGGGUAUAAAUAGAUGUUCACCUGUAACCUGUAGUACAGAUCAUCUUGUUACACUUCUGACAUUGCCAGAGGCAGCCACAAGCCACAGACACCAUGAGUUUCAACCUGUCUUUUUGUUGCCUGCUAAUCCUCCUGUGUACUGUGAUGAGUGAGGCUGCCACCCGAAAGCCAAAAAGACAGCAAACAGCUGAUACCGCUGCUUCACCAAAGCCCGAUACAGAAUCUACUGAAGCCCCCGUCGGGCAGCCCAAAACUCUUGACAGAGGCUGGGGUAGCGACAUUACAUGGAUCCAAACCUAUGAAGAAGCUUUAGCCAAGGCCAGAGAAUUAAAGAAACCUCUUAUGGUGAUUCAUCAUCUGGAAGACUGUCCCUUCAGCCAAGAACUGAAAAAAGCUUUUGUUGCCGAUGUCCUGGGACAGAAACUGGCUCGUGAAGACUUUGUAAUGUUGAACGUAGUGCACCCCAUCGCUGAUGAGAACCAGUCUCCAGAUGGGCACUAUGUACCCAGAGUCAUAUUUGUGGAUCCAUCAAUGACUGUCAGAACAGACCUUGCAGGAAGAUACUCAAACAGACUGUAUGCCUACGAAGCUGGAGACAUCCCAGAAUUGGUUACAAACAUGAAGAAAGCUAAAAUCCUCCUGCACACAGAGUUGUGAGUGCCCAGAGAAGAGAGUCUUCCAGUGCUCCAAUGGUGACCAGAAAAGCACCGCGUAGCACAACCCAGGAAAGACCAGCAAGUCCCUAUUUAAACAGUCCCUCGCCUAUAUGAAACAUGGUGAACUUGACCAGAAAGAACUCCUCAUUUACAAGUUCUCCUCUGGUUAAGUCCCCAUAAGCACACUGGCUUUAUUCUUUUUAACUCACAGCUAUUUAAUAUUUUUUCACCUCUGUGCACUCCCCUAGUUAAUUGAAAAGAUACAUAAUGCAAUUUGAACUUACUUUCCGUUUAAUAUAGUGCUGUAUAAACAGAGCAACACCCAUCGUCAACAUUAGCGUACAAUUCACACUCUAAAUCUCUCCCUUAUGCAGAGGCCAGUACUUUGCGGGAGUCUCUAGAAUUUACAACCUUUUACAUGCUGUAGCCCUUUUUUUUCGAACUGAAAAUAUUUUGUCCAAGUUAUGUUAUUCUAUUGCUUUGUGUUAUUUUAUAUAAUCCACCUAAUUCCGGAGGGUGAUGUUACUAAACAUAGGCAUUAGAGGCUCCUGUUCAGGUUUUUUGCACACACUUCUUUGGAUCAACAGUUCACCUCCUCUUUAACUUUAUACAUUUUAUAUGAAUAUUUACUAUGUAUUUUUAACCGUAUCAAAUAAAUAUUUUAUCAAAAGCA